AUGGCAUUCAUAGCACGGGCUACUCUUGUGGCAACGAUUAUUGCUAUUACAUCUGCAACCAGCGCCACCGGAGCUGUUAUCUCAACCACUGCUCCUCCAAAGUCUACUACGUUGGUAAAGUCGACAACUGCAGCCCGAAUCACGUCCUGCAGUCUUACUUCCCAAAAAGCUGCUACGUUCCUAGAUCCGCUGAGCUCUCCCGUCACUAUACCAGCAACUAUCGCUUGCGCUUGCAACGAUGGGUGGGAAGCCGGAGUAGGAUCAACUAUUGGAUCGGAUGGCAGCGCCACAUACACAUGCCAGGUGGGGACAUCUACCACCAUCGCUGUCAGUACUGGCACAGCCAGCCAAUCGCCAGUUCCUACGCAAUGCGCUGCAGGUGCCAAUCCUGACUCUUCCUGCUUUAACUUGCUUGAUCUUCCGGACUUUAUUAUGCACUGGUGGGAUGCCAACAAAGCCGACUGUGGAAGCUACGAUGGAUUCGCCGAUUGCUGGUACGCUAAGAUGACGCCGUACUCGCCGUCUAAAUGCGAUCAGCUCAACACCGACCCGGCCUGCAGUCAGCCGUACUGGAAGGACUUCACGGGCUUCAAUAACGUGCAGAACUUCUACGUCACAUGGUGCAUCUGGAAUACACAAGGCUUUUUCCUGGACUUGUACAAUGCCGUCGGCGCUGCAUCGGGCCCCGUUUCUGAUGCCAUUGGGAGUAUCGUUACCACAUUGGACCCCCCUGAUGAUUCGACCAGUCCAUGGGAAGAUGUCUUCAUGGCACUGUCGUUCGGUCUUAGCCUGUACGCUGAAGGCAGUGUUUUUGUCAAGGCCUUCCUCCGAUCUGUGCCUCAGACUUCUACACUCCUUCAUAGCCUACUUUUCCCUGCCGGAGAUAUCGCCGGAGAUGUCACUGCUUGGGCAGACGUCGCAGAUGAACUCGGAAAAUUCACAACUAGUUGGCAAAAGUCCAUUGGACAAGGUCUUCCCCUUGUUCAGAAUAACAUUUCUGCCUUCAUUCCCUUGAACCAGAACACUCCCCUGUCCGGUGAUCGUCCUUCGCUCGACAGUCUGACCGAUACUAUCACACAGUCAGUUGCCGGUUAUGUUGCAUCUGCCUGCCUUAAUAGGCUUGACUGGGCUGUGACCCGCGCCGAAAAUUUGGAUGUCCACAAACUCCAACAAGGCGGCAAUCUUUUAUGGGAUACUGGCUGCGAGAACGGAUAUGACAGUAAUGGCAUCUGUGGCCCGUACUUCUUCGAUGGGACGGAUACCUACAGUCUUGUGGAUCCCAACAACAUGGCAACCAACGAAAGCAGUGUUUUAGAAAAGCUUAUUGGGGGUACCACGCCUUUUACAACCGGGAAGAUUUUGUUUACGGAAGGCUUGAAAUGCACGCAGACCUGCGGGAAGAACGGCGGUUGCGCCCCGACUCAAGACUCCACCGACCCUUCCGUGGUUAGCUGCUUGAGCACUGCUCGUAUUUGUACCUGGACGUGGGAUACUUACGGACCCUUCCAGGCCGGUUGCGCCAACUUACCCGAUACCAGCGCCGUCUUGGGUAGGUUCGGCGUAAAUCCCUGCAAGGGUCGCGAUGACGGCAUUUCAGUGCCAAAUUCCUAUCUUGGAGGCGGCAUCAUGGAAAGCAACGCGCCUGGGACAUGGGCCAAUGAAUGGCAAGCCGUUUGCAACUCCGAUUACUGA